AUGUUGGACCGAUUACCAGUAGAAAUAGUCGAACGCAUUUUCGCAAAGAUCCCGGAUACUGACCUUAUUGCAGUGAGUAAGGUAGAUAGAGUGUGGUGGCAGGAAGUUCGUCGAGAGGCAUAUAAGAGGUGGAAAAAUUAUGCCACUAUGAUCGGGGAUGUGUACUGUGAAAUCCGAGCUCUUGGAAAGCAUUAUAUAAAGAGGGAAAUUGACUGGAUAACGUUUGAAGAUGUAAACGACCUCUAUAAAAGAUGGAUAAACCGCCUUACCGAGGAUCAGCUUUAUAUUAUGGAGAAAAUGCUUAGGAAUGGGAUGGUCGUGGACCCCCAAGAGAGGGAAACCAUAGAGUAUGCAUUAAGUGAACAAAGAUGGGGAGGCGAUCCUUGGGGACUGGGAGUGGUAUGA